CCCCAUCUCAUACGAAGUCACUAGCCAUCCCCGCACUACCACCAUGUCUUUCUCUGGUUCUACCUACAUUCCGUGGAACAAGAUUAGAGAACCUGUGCCUCAAGGAGUGCAGGUUCCAAUGUGCUUCUGCGGUUCGUUGUGCAAGCUGAUGGAGUCCAAAGUUUUGGGCGAUGACUUCGGCAGGAGGUUCUUUAUAUGUGAGAACUACGAGUACGAUCCGCCAAAGUGCUACGGCAAGGACAAAGCGAAGAGUCCACCACCUCUCUGUGAUUUCAUACAGUGGCUGGACACGGAGCAAUCGACCGAAGCUAAGGAACACGUUGAGCGCGAAGCAAGGUGGGCUGCGGAAAGGUGGCAGCGAAUGCUGCAAGAGGAAAAAAUGGAGGAGAAGCGCAAGAAAGAUAAAGAAGAGAUCUAGAAGAGG